CUUUUUGGACGUGGUGUCUUUCCCGUGGAGGCAGCUGUGUGUGUGCAUGUGUGCGUGUGUGUGUGUGUGUGUGUGUGUGUGUGUGUGUGUGUGUGUGUGCAUGUGUGUGUGUGAGAGAGAGCCCUGUCCUGAUUGGCUGACACAGGUCCUCCCUCCCCCUUUUAAAAGCCUCCUUUCUCACCUGAGUUACAAAAUAGCCUCGACUCCUCAAGCGUUCACUUCUUCCAUAUCAAGAGCUUCUUCUCAUUUGGUUUUUCUGCGGAUUUUUCCAGCGAGUCUCACCAAAGACCAGGGCAACAUUUCAAGGAGCGCGACUUUAAAGGAGCCGAACAACAAAAGUGAGCAUCCUCCUCUCGCCAGCUGCGAUGCCGAGCGUUGUGGAUCGGAUGGAGCUGAGGAAAGUGUCGACGGAGGCCGACGACGACAGCACGGACAGUUUGGACGAUCGUUUCGCGGAGCCCAUCGAUGCGGAGAAGGCCACCAUCAACAGUCACUUCAUCGACGAGAACGAGGACGGCGAGAGCCAGAAGUUCCUGGGGAACGGCAUGAUGAAGAAGAAGAAGUACGAAGAGUACCACGAAGAAUAUCAUCCGGGACACACCUCCUUUGGCAUGUCCGUCUUCAACUUGAGCAACGCCAUCAUGGGCAGCGGCAUCCUGGGCCUCUCCUACGCCAUGGCCAACACCGGCAUCGUCCUCUUCACACUCCUCCUUAUCGGUGUUGCCGUCCUCUCCUUGUAUUCCGUACAUCUGCUUCUCAUGACGGCUAAAGAAGGAGGGUCUCUCAUCUAUGAAAAACUGGGAGAACGAGCGUUCGGCUGGCCUGGGAAAAUAGCAGCCUUUGGAUCCAUAAUAAUGCAAAAUAUUGGAGCCAUGUCCAGCUACCUCUUCAUCGUCAAGUACGAGCUGCCGGAAGUCAUCCGAGCCUUUUUGGGCUUGGAAGAAAUUACCGGAGAAUGGUACCUUAAUGGAAACUACCUGGUGAUUUUUGUGUCCAUGGGGAUCAUUCUCCCCUUGUCGCUACUUAAAAAUCUGGGUUACUUGGGCUACACCAGCGGCUUUUCUCUGUCCUGCAUGGUCUUCUUCCUGGGAGUUUUGAUCUACAAGAAAACCCAGCUGCCGUGCCCGCUCCCCUUCCUGGACUCGCCCGCCGCCAACCUCAGCAUGAACGCCUCACAUAUGCCGGGCGCCUACGCCGCGCACAACCGCUCAGCGCAGAUGGACUUCUCGCGAGCCGACGUCUCCCCGGCCGUCACCCACGCCGCCCACGCCUCCACCAGUGUCCACUUUGAGCCGCACCCCGAGGACGAGGACGCCUGCACGCCCAAGUACUUUGUCUUCAACUCCCAGACGGCGUACACGGUGCCCAUCCUGGCCUUUGCCUUCGUGUGCCACCCCGAGGUGUUGCCCAUCUACAGCGAGCUGAAAGAUCGCAGCAGGAAGAAGAUGCAGAACGUGUCCAACCUGUCCAUCCUGGCCAUGCUGGUCAUGUACAUGAUGUCGGCGCUCUUCGGCUACCUCACCUUCUACGACAACGUGGAGGCGGAGCUUCUGCACACCUUCACCAAGGUGUACAAGUUUGACACGCUGCUGCUGAUGGUGCGCUUGGCGGUCCUCACCGCCGUCACGCUGACUGUUCCCAUCGUGCUCUUCCCUAUCCGCUCCUCCAUCACCACCUUGCUGUUCAGCGGGCGAGGGUUCAGCUGGGCUCGCCACAUGAUCAUCGCCGCCGCCAUCUUGGCCUUCAACAACAUGCUGGUCAUCUUCGUCCCCACCAUCCGGGACAUCUUCGGCUUCAUCGGUUCCUCGGCAGCCACCAUGCUCAUCUUCAUCCUCCCCGCGGCCUUUUACCUGCGCUUGGUGAAGAGUGUACCCAUGCGCUCGCCACAGAAGAUCGGGGCGGCCGUCUUCCUGGUGGUGGGAAUCGUCUUCAUGAUUGGCAGCUUGUCGCUCAUCGUGCUGGACUGGAUCCACAACCCGCCGGGCUCCAGCGGGGGGCACUAAGCGAGCGCCCUCCCUGACCCGCCCUGCAACAACAUCUGGAAGGAGGCCUCAGACACCGAGCAUGUGCCCCACAUGUUCUCCACUUCCGCCCACGGAAACGCCAUCACUGCUAUUUGCCCCACUCACCCGUCAGCGCGGGGGACAUUUGGGACAACACGGAGCACUUCCCAGCGUAGGACUCGCACAUGUACGCCGCUCCAUCUGCUGCUCUCUUCAAUGUGAAGGACUUGCCAAAGUCUGCAUGCACAUACCCAAACUCCAGUCCACCAUCCUCAAACUGUCCCACCCUGGACCAGGUGAAGAUGCUUCCAGUAUUAUCUGAACACCACCUGUACAUACUUACCUGUCUACUGAAAAGUGUUCAACCGCCUGCUCCACAAACCGAUCCUUUCCAGUAGAAGAAGGGAAUAUUUUCACACCAUGCAGAGGUCAAAGCAGCGUUUGGAGCUUCCUUUAAUUGGUGGUCGGGCCCAACUACGGGAAUAUUGUGCCUUUUUCACCCCUUGGCCCCUUAUCAUCGCAAAUAUUACAACAACACCGCCUUUCCUUUGUGCUGCACAAUGUUGUUAUUGACCCAUCUCCAAACCUUUGUGCUGAAAACUAUUAGAGUUGGAUGCUACUACAGGGUUUCCGUUAAAUGGAUUUAGCAAAAAUAAAGGCCUUAGAUAGCAUUCAAAUAAAAUGUAUGCGCUGAAAUUACACAUGCUUUUAGCAAAUAACUAGUCGGCCAUAAAAGGGCGGGCAGCAGUUAAAAUGUCUCUGGCGUGGCCGACAUUAGCAACUUCAGCCGUCAACGUGACGCCACCACAACUGGCAGCUGCUGCUACCACCACAGAAAAAUAAAUACAAGUAAAUUGUCAGAUUAAUCAGCCUUGAGAGCCAAUUUUAGCUUUUUAACGACCGUAUUUUUCGGAGUAUAAGUCGCACCGGCCGAAAAUGCAUAAUAAAGAAGGAAAAAAACAUAUAUAAGUCGCAUUUUUUGGGGAAAUGUAUUUGAUAAAACCCAACACCAAGAAUAGACAUUUGAAAGGCAAUUUAAUCGCUAAAUCCCAUGAAAUCUUAUACGUCUAGUCUCUUACGUGAAUGAGAUAAAUAAUAUUAUUUGAUAUUUUACGCUAAUGUGUUAAUAAUUUCACACAUAAGUCGCUCCUGAGUAUAAAUCUGCCACUUAUAGUCCAAAAAAUACGGUACUCCAGUUUAUCAAUGUCACAUGUUUGCAAUUGUGUCUAUAAUGACAAUUGUAGGUUUUUGACAUUAUAUAUGAUAACUAUCUGCAUGGGCAUUAAAAAGCAUUGAAUUAGAUGUGCCGAUACCUGCAGAAACCCUGUAUUAACAAUGUGCAGUUUUUAUGUUAUUAAUGUGUUAUUAUUCAUGAACUGGUCAAAAUCUCCCCCAACUUGUCCCAAACCUUUGUAAUAGUUAGCCAAAAAAAAUGUUGGCAGCACAGUUUUUCUGCUAUACAGAGUUUCCGCGGGUCAAUAAAUAGCAUUAAAAGUCGUUAAAGGUAUUUUGCAACAAUUAAGGCCUUUAAUGGCUUUAAAUGCGGGGAAAAAAUGUACCGUAUUUUUCGGAGUAUAAGUCGCACCUGCCGAAAAUGCAUAAUAAAGAAGGAAAAAAACAUAUAUAAGUCGCAUUUUUGGGGGAAAUUUAUUUGAUAAAAGCCAACACCAAGAAUAGACAUUUGAAAGGCAAUUUAAAAUAAAUAAAGAAUAGUGAACAACAGGCUGAAUAAGUGUACGUUAUAUGAGGCAUAAAUAACCAACUGAGAAGGUGCCUGGUAUGUUAACAUAACAUAUUAUGGUAAGAGUCAUUCAAAUAACUAUAACAUAUAGAACAUGCUAUACGUUUACCAAACAAUCUGUCACUCCUAAUCGCUAAAUCCCAUGAAAUCUUAUACGUCUAGUCUCUUACGUGAAUGAGAUAAAUAAUAUUAUUUGAUAUUUUACGCUAAUGUUUUAAUAAUUUCACACAUAAGUCGCUCCUGAGUAUAAGUCUGCCACUUAUAGUCCGAAAAAUACGGUACUCCAGUUUAUCAAUGUCAAAUGUUUGCAAUUGUGUCUAUACUGACAAUUGUAGGUUUUUGACAUUAUAUAUGAUAACUAUCUGCAUGGGCAUUAAAAAGCAUUGAAUUAGAUGUGCCGGUACCUGCAGAAACCCUGUAUUAACAAUGUGCAGUUUUUAUGUUAUUAAUGUGUUAUUAUUCAUGAACUGGUCAAAAUCUCCCCCAACUUGUCCCAAACCUUUGUAAUAGUUAGCCAAAAAAAAUGUUGGCAGCACAGUUUUUCUGCUAAUACAGAGUUUCCGCAGGUCAAUAAAUAGAAUUAAAAGUCGUUAAAGGUAUUUUGCAACAAUUAAGGCCUUUAAUGGCUUUAAAUGCAGGGAAAAAAUGUACCGUAUUUUUCAGAGUAUAAGUCACACCUGCCGAAAAUGCAUAAUAAAGAAGGAAAAAAACAUAUAUAAGUCGCAUUUUUGGGGGAAAUGUAUUUGAUAAAAGCCAACACCAAGAAUAGACAUUUGAAAGGCAAUUUAAAAUAAAUAAAGAAUAGUGAACAACAGGCUGAAUAAGUGUACGUUAUAUGACGCAUAAAUAACCAACUGAGAAGGUGCCUGGUAUGUUAACGUAACAUAUUAUGGUAAGAGUCUUUCAAAUAACUAUAACAUAUAGAACAUGCUAUACGUUUACCAAACAAUCUGUCACUCCUAAUCGCUAAAUCCCAUGAAAUCUUAUACGUCUAGUCUCUUACGUGAAUGAGAUAAAUAAUAUUAUUUGAUAUUUUACGCUAAUGUUUUAAUAAUUUCACACAUAAGUCGCUCCUGAGUAUAAAUCUGCCACUUAUAGUCCGAAAAAUACGGUACUCCAGUUUAUCAAUGUCAAAUGUUUGCAAUUGUGUCUAUACUGACAAUUGUAGGUUUUUGACAUUAUAUAUGAUAACUAUCUGCAUGGGCAUUAAAAAGCACUGAAUUAGAUGUGCCGAUACCUGCAGAAACCCUGUAUUAACAAUGUGCAGUUUUUAUGUUAUUAAUGUGUUAUUAUUCAUGAACUGGUCAAAAUCUCCCCCAACUUGUCCCAAACCUUUGUAAUAGUUAGCCAAAAAAAAUGUUGGCAGCACAGUUUUUCUGCUAUUACAGAGUUUCCGCGGGUCAAUAAAUAGCAUUAAAAGUCGUUAAAGGUAUUUUGCAACAAUUAAGGCUUUUAAUGGCUUUAAAUGCGGGGAAAAAAUGUACCGUAUUUUUCGGAGUAUAAGUCGCACCUGCCGAAAAUGCAUAAUAAAGAAGGAAAAAAACAUAUAUAAGUCGCAUUUUUGGGGGAAAUUUAUUUGAUAAAAGCCAACACCAAGAAUAGACAUUUGAAAGGCAAUUUCAAAUAAAUAAAGAAUAGUGAACAACAGGCUGAAUAAGUGUACGUUAUAUGAGGCAUAAAUAACCAACUGAGAAGGUGCCUGGUAUGUUAACGUAACAUAUUAUGGUAAGAGUCAUUCAAAUAACUAUAACAUAUAGAACAUGCUAUACAUUUACCAAACAAUCUGUCACUCCUAAUCGCUAAAUCCCAUGAAAUCUUAUACGUCUAGUCUCUUACGUGAAUGAGCUAAAUAAUAUUAUUUGAUAUUUUUACGCUAAUGUGUUAAUAAUUUCACACAUAAGUCGCUCCUGAGUAUAAGUCGCACCCCCGGCCAAACUAUGAAAAAAACUGCGACUUAUAGUCCGAAAAAUACGGUAUACGCUGAAAUCACACAUGCUAUUAGCUAAUAACAAAUUGGGGAUUAAAGGCAGGCGCCAAAUUUUAUCGACGUGACCAACAAAGCAACUUCAGCUGUUACCGUGACGCCACCACAACUGGCAGCUGCUGCUACCGCUACAGAAAAAAUAUAUGUAUAAAUUGUCAGAUUAAACAGUCUUGUUAUGCGCCAAUUGUAAACCACCAGAGAGUAACAGUUGAUGUAAACUUUUUUAACUCUAGUUUUCCCGUUAUUAUUCAUAACCAUCCUCCCCGCAACGUUUGUGCUGCAAACAUUUUUUGUCUAACUAUUACCGUUUUUAGGCAAUUACUGGGUUUUCUGUGAGUCAAUAAAAAGCAUUAAAAGUCGUUAACAGUAAUUUUCAAAAAUUAAGAACUUUAAUUGCAUUAAAAAGCAUUAAAUUCGAAAAAAAAAUUAUACGCUGAAAUCACACAUGCUAUUAGCUAAUAACAAAUUGGGGAUUAAAGGCAGGUGCCAAAUUUUAUCGACGUGACCAACAUAGCAACUUCAGCUGUCACCGUGACGCCACCACAACUGGCAGCUGAUACCACUAAAGAAAAUAUAUAUAUAUAUUGUCAAAAUAAACAGUCUUGUUGUGCGCCAAUUGUAAUCCACCAGAGAGUAACAGUUGAUGUAAACUUUUUAAACUAUAGUUUUUAUGUUAUUAAUGUGUUAUUAUUCAUAACCUGGUAAAAUUUUUAACUAUAGUUUUUAUGUUAUUAAUGUGUUGUUAUUCAUAACCUGGUCAAAUUUUUAACUAUAGUUUUUAUGUUAUUAACGUGUUAUUAUUCAUAACCAUCCGCCCCUGCAAACAUUUCUGUCAAACUCUUGUAGUUUUCAUGUUACGAAUGCGAAAACAUACAAACUGCAACCAAGGAACGUCGGUGUUAUUUUAACGUUUGCCAGGACAAAUGUGUGCCUUCUCCUCCAUCGAUGGGCCGCGAUUGUUUGGAUAGAAUGGCCCUCCUCUUUUGGCCGCCAACACGUCCGGCCAAAGUAGACGACAUUUUACGGAUCCUUUGCGGAUCUAAAUAGGCGAGGCAAGUAGAUAUUUCAAAUGAAAUAGUGUCUAUGUGCGUGUUUUUGUUGUUCUUUUUGUACAUGCUCUGUAAAUAAUGUGUAUUUUCUCCACUCUCUUCAGUGUUUAUGAACAUCAAGAUGUAUGAGGUGUUACUUGGUGUCUUGCUGUAUGACAGUCGUUUGCUUU